CAGUGAGUGGAGAGUCUCCGCCCAGCCUGCCUAAGGAGCUGACGAGCUCACUGUCCACAGAUGUCAGCUUCGAUGUGGACUCUCAGUUUCCACUGGACGACCUAAACCUUGACCCCCUGACCCUCGACGGCCUGACCAUGCUGAACGACCCCGACAUGAUCCUCGCCGACCCUGCUACAGAGGACGCAUUUCGCCUCGACCGGCUGUAACCAGAGUCGGCACCUCCUUGCACACAAGAAAAAGCCAGAGUGAG